AUGCAACCGAAUUUGGUAAAUUGUCAAGGAGCUCCAGUCCCUGCAAAAGAUGAGAGAGGAGCAAUUCUUGAUGCUCUUAAUAAGAUUCGAGAAAAUGUAGCUAAAGGCAAUGCUGAAAAUUACAGAGGUAAAUUGCCACCAGCAUCGAAUAUGUAUGAGCUUAGUUAUAAUUGUGAUAUGGAAAAAGAACUAAAACAAGAAGUUGAUAAAAUCCCUGGAGUGAUUACGUUGGAUAAGAAAUAUGCGCAGAAUUAUAUAAAGUGA